AUGAAGAUACAGAAAGCAAAUGCAGGGAUCCUUACCAACUUUGAAGUUCUUGACUUCUUGCGAACAAGAGGUGCCAAAGUUGACCCUAUGGGAUGCUUGGGGGCUGUUGCUGCAUCAGAGUGUAAGGUGUAUGAGUACCUCUUAAAAACCCCUGCUUGCAACCAGACAAGGGAAUCAAUUUAUGAAUUUGUGAAGAGAAGUGCGGGUUUCAUGCUUGCAGAGGCUGAUAAGCUAAAUGUCAUCAACUGGAGACCAUCCUCAGCUGCCGAUGCUUAUGCGAUGAUAGAAGAAUGUGGGAAACGAUUUUCCAGGGACUACCGAGGAGAAGCCUGUGACGAAGACAAGCGGGUCCAGGAGUUUUUGGAUAUGGUGAAGGAGGUUUUGCCACCACCCCCACCUAAGGCAGAGGCAGAGGCGAUGCAGGAGUGA